AUGGAAGAAGAAAAGAGCAACAGUGAAGGUGAAGAAAUGAGAGCCAAGCUGUUUAUGACACCAGCAGCUAAGUUAAUACAAGCAAAGGAAAGAGCAGAAAGUUUUGCUAAAAAUAAAGAGGCACACAACGCCUGCAGGGAAUUGAUCCGAUCCGUAGCCCUCACUAGGAUUAUCUAUGGAGAUGGACACUGGCGGCUGGCAGAGGCACUCGCCAAUCUCGCUCACAGCUACGUGAUGCUGCAAGGUCUUCCUGUUCAAGCUAUGCACCAUGCAAACUCAGCCAAGAAUAUCAUCUUCAUGGGAAAAGCUUACCCAUCAGCAUCUGCAGAUGACAGGGGAAAUAUUUUGAGUGUCCUGGUGACCAUCUACUAUACUCUGGGCAUAGCGAAUCUGAUGCAGAAAAAUGGCAAAGAAUCCUACCACAAUUUGCAGAAGUCUGAAAAGUUUGUGAAAGAACUGCAGGGGUCUGAUUUCAGAGGGAUUCCUGAACUUAAAGUAUCUGAGAAAGACCUUCUUGCAGCAUUGGGCAGGGCCAGUCUACAGAAAAAUAUGCUAGAUUUGCCAGCAAAGCAUUUUGAGAAAGCAAUUGAUAUUAUAAUUACAUCUGAAGGAAAGAGCGCUCCGGAAUUGAUCGAUCUUUAUUUGGACAUGGCCCGAAGUGAGCAAGUGAAGAAAAAUCAUGAGAAAUCCAUAGGAUAUUUAUUACAGGCCCAUUCCCUUUCAGUGGCUCUGCAUACGAAAUUCAGUGCUGGAGCUGCAUCAACAGCACUGGCACUGGGUAAAGCAUAUGCUGCAACUGGAGAAGAAAAGUAUGCAGAGGCUGCUGAACUGUAUCUUGGUGAAAGUCUGAUGUCCUAUAAAGCGGCUCUGGGAAUGGAUCAUCCUAAGGCAAUUCAUGCCCUGGAAUACUUCAGUAAAUGGCUUGGACGAGUGGGGAAAAGGAAGCAAGCCUAUGAUUUACUCAAAGAGUCAUUUAAAUCUCAGCAAGAUCCCUGUAGUGAUUUUAAUAAACUGGCAGUUGAAAGAUUAUAUAUUAUGGGCUGCAUCUGCCUAGCAGAGGAGAAGAUAGAGGAAGCAUAUCAACUGCUCAGUAAGUGUAUGCAGAUCCAGAGUGCUAUUUAUGGACCCUGUCAUAAGAAAUGUAAGAAGGUGCAAGAGCUCCUGGAUAUGCUGAAGAUGUAA